AUGCCUACUCCUCCACAGGCAGCUUGUCCAAACAAGAAAGUUAUGUUCUGGCCUGUCACUUGGCCUAUUCAGGAUGGACAAAUUGCGUCAGCUACUUCUGUGCAUUGUAAACAAGCACUGGACUUGGAGAAAGAACCACUUCCUGAGAAGUAUAAUGGAGAUGAGAAGCCAUCAGAUGAAAAUGAAAAUCAGGGUGAUAAUUGUUCACAGGUUCUCACCCUUCACCAAGAAGCUCAUUGUUCUUCAGUGUCUUCAGUGAACAAAACUUCUACACCAGCAACAGUGGCACUCAGAAAUUCGCGCUCUUUUAGGGAGUUUGUAUCUCCACUGAAACAGGACAAUGGGACGAGUAAGGCCUCAAACAUAGAGAAUUCCUGUCUCCUACAAGAUAAAUCAAUUCAAGGUGCUGAAGAGGGUAUGAAUGAUUCGCUGCCAACAGAUGAUAUGCAAGGCAUACAAAACUACCCAAGGCAUGUCCCUGUGCAUGUUCUAGAAAGGAACUUGGGAACAACUCCUCCCCCAGAUUUGCCAUAUCACAACUCUAUAUUCCAUGCCACAAGAGGAGUUCAUGAACAUUCCAGUUUGUUCACAAAUCCGGUGGCAUCUUCUGCAACAGAACAUCAGAGUAAUGUGCCAAGGUCUGCUCAUCAAACAUUUCCAACUUUUCAUCCUCCCUUUAACCCAGUUCGUCACAGUGAAGAUGAUUAUCAAUCUUUUUUCCACUUCUCUUCCACUUUUUCUAGUCUUAUCGUGUCCACUCUGCUACAAAAUCCAGCUGCUCAUACUGCAGCAAGCUUUGCAGCUUCCUUUUGGCCCUAUGCAAAUGUGGAAGCUUCUGCUAAUUCUCCCACAGCCACCCAAGGAGGUUUUCCAGCCAGACAAGCGAACUCCGCUCCUAGUAUGGCUGCUAUUGCUGCUGCUACUGUCGCAGCUGCAACUGCCUGGUGGGCAGCCCAUGGACUCCUUCCCUUAUGUGCUCCUCUUCAUGCCAGUUUUACCUGUUCUCCUCCAUCUGCUACUGCAGUUCCAUCAAUAGAUAAUGGCCAAGCUCCAGCAGCAAAGGCGGAGAGGAAAGAAAACAUCCUUCAAAAUCCCUCUUUGCAGGAUCAACAACUUGACGCAGAACACUCUGAAGCUUUGCAAGCUCAACAUUCAGCCUCUAAAUCACCAAUUUCAUCAUCAUCGGAUUCUGAGGAAAGUGGAGGCACGAAGCAAAAUGCUGUAUCAGAAGCUGCUGAUCAUGAGAAAGCUACGGCAGUAACUGCUGAAAUUCUUGAUUCAAACAAAACAAAGAGCAGAAAACAAGUUGAUCGCUCUUCUUGUGGUUCAAAUACAACCUCUAGUAGUGAAAUAGAGAGAGAUGACUUAGAGAAGAAAGAGAAAGACAACGAAGAGCUGAAAGAAGCAAACCUGCUAGCAAAUGAGAGUAGCAAUCGUCGCAAUAGAAGCAGCAGCAACACUAGUGAUUCUUGGAAGUCAGUCUCUGAAGAGGGCCGGCUUGCUUUUCAGGCUCUCUUCUCCAGAGAGGUUUUGCCACAAAGCUUUUCACCUCCACAUGAUUUGAAAAGUAAAGGACAUCAAAAAGAGGAGGAUAAACAAGAAGAAAAACAAACCACAGAUGAGAAAGGUGGAGAUACAUCAGCAUUUGAUCUCAACAGCAAGUCUUCUGACCACCAAGGAGUGGCGAAAAAUGCAUUAUCAAAGGUUGAGAAUAAUUGUGAGGAGAGUCUGCUGACAAUUGGGUUGGGACAUGCAAAACUCAAGUCCCGAAAAACUGGAUUCAAACCCUACAAGCGGUGUUCUAUGGAAGCCAAGGAAAACAGGUUAGUGAACGCCACAAGCCAGGGUGACGAGAAGGGUCCCAAGAGGAUGCGCUUGGAAGGAGAGGCUUCAACUUGACAUUUAACAUUGCAUGCAACUAAACAGAGGAAACCUUUGUUUUUUGCGUGUAAUUCCUAAUUUUCUCCUUUUAUCUAUAUUUACUUUCCUGUUAUAAGUUCGAGACUUUCAGCCCACGAGACUUUUUCGUGUAGGUGUGUGUAUUAUAUCUGUCUGCAUUGACUUCAUUUACUUUCCAUUAUUUGUGCAAUAGCUCCUAAAAACUCCAUGAUAGACCUAGAUAAAGACCAUUACGUAUUAAAUGGGCCUUUAGUUGGCCCCUUCCGUCCAAGUAUGUCUCUCUUAUUUACGUUGUUCAUCUUCCUAGAUUGAUUGUGUGAAUAGAUAUUUUGAUCUUGUAAUA